AUGGAGCUUCCAAAUUACAGCCGACAGCUCCUGCAGCAAGUCUACACAUUGUGUAAAGAGCAGCAAUUUUGUGACUGUACAAUUUUCGUUGGUACAUUGCAUUUCCGAGCUCACAAACUUGUCCUUUCUGCUGCAAGCCUCCUCUUUAAGUCUUUACUGGAAACAACAGAAACAAUUUCUAUAGAUGCCUCUGUUGUAUCGCCAGAAGAAUUCUCUCUGCUGCUGGAGAUGAUGUACUCAGGAAAACUUCCACCUGGAAAACACAACCUGACAAAAAUUAUUACUGUGGCAGACAGCCUUCAAAUGUUUGAUGUUGCUGUGAGCUGUAAGAACCUCCUGACAGAGCUUAUGAAUCAUUCUGCCCAGAGUCAAAAGGUGAAGGAUGUUUCCAUUAAGCCAUUAACCUUGGUUAAACCUGAAGCCAAGCCUGCAGUCCCCAGGAGCAAUGUCGUAAGUGAGACUUUUGCCAUUGACAAGAUGUUACUGCCCAUGAGUACGGGAGGGAUGUCUGUAGCUUCCGCUCCUGAGAAGCGAGCGGCUGAUAAAGUAACAAAGCUCAUUUCUUCUUCUAAGAAGCUGGACGCUAAUGGGAACCUGCAGACCACCAAUCCUGCACCUCCUGUGUGCUCUACAGAACAAUUUAAACCACAGCAAGGUUCCAAAGGUGUUAAAGGAAAGACUGAUUGUGAGAUCGGGCCUUCAAGUGUAGCAGGACCACCAAGCCCUGCACAGAUAGAUACUGAACUAUCAUCUGAGGGGUUGGAUAAGGAGUUGUCUCCUGCUAAGGAUGAAACUGUACCAUUAAUUCCACCAGUACAGCAAGAGACCACUAAUCAGCUUGUAUCAGAAACCGUAGUAGGAGAAACUACAGAUUCUGCUUUAGGGGAUACUUGUACUGAAACGACCCCAGAGUCCUCAGGACAAGAUGGUACACUGCCUCAACCAGAGGAGAGUAGUGAGCCUGCAGCAAAGAAAAGAAGACUUGAUAAGCCAGAGUCGGAAAAAACAUCGGGUGAGUUGGAUUUUCUUAUCCGUUAUGAGAGUAUCUUCAGCGAGGCACUCUCAGACCCCCAAAGUGUUCUUGAAAAUCUGAAAAAGUGUGAAGAUAUCAAAGAGGCUGAAAAACAGGUUGUAGUAGAAUGUUGCCAAGCUGAAGAGGGGAGUUCAACAUUUGCCAAACUUCUGGAAAAGGUUAAGGAUGGGCAAAGUAUUGUCGUUGAGACGGUUCUGGCUUUGCUGAAGUUGUGCCGGGACACCAAUCCAAGUGUCAAUGAAGCCCUACUUGAAAAAGAGCCAACAUGCAAAGAUCCUGUAAAGGAAAUAGAUGUAGAUACAGGGCCUCCAGUAUUGGUGGAAAAAGAAAAGACCUUAUUUGAUCUUCUGAUGGAACGGAGGGAAAGAGCUGAUCCAGUGUAUUACAGAGCUCAGCCCAAUCAUUGAGUGCCUAGAUACAGCGGAGGAGGACUUUCUUACCAACAUUGAAAAAAAGGUGAUCAUUGAUUGCUGUGAAGGUGGGUCACAUAAGGAAGCUAUGGAUAAACUGUUAAGGAAGGCAUCAGAAACCAAAACCCUGAGCCCUGACAGUCUCAUCAAGCUUCUUCAAGCUGUUCGAGAAGCAUUUCCUGACCUCCACUCAUUGCUUGAUCUACUGGAGCCACACAGCAAAAAGUCCAACUUCAAAGGCAAGCUUAGUACAGCUGAUUAUGGAGCAGAGUUGCUGAAACAAUACCUGGAAAAUUUUUCAGAAGUGGUGAAUGAUGCUGACAUCAUACUUGGUGGCAUUUCAGCAGCAUCGCAUUUAACAGACCGUGAGAAAGAGGUGAUGGAGCAGAUUGUCAGGAAAAACUGCAACACUCGCAUUUUCAGUGUUAUGAUAUCUACAGUCUUCGAGGAGCAAACCUUGCCUGUAAUGGCUGUCUGGCAGCUACUCUUAUCCAUGGAAGAACUGAGCUCAGCUGUGAGGUCUCUGAUGGAUGAGGUCCGUAAAGAGCCUGGAGCUGAUGUCUUCUUCCAAAGCGUAUUAAAUAGAGAAAGUGAGGUCGCUGAAAUUUUGAUUCACCACAGCUCAUUAAUUGCACAAGCAUUUCGGCAGUGUGAGCACCUGGGUUCAGUGGCAUCUGAAGAUGAAGCCUUGAGUGACCUAGUGAAAGAGCUGUUAAGCAUCCCAGACCAGGCAGAAGAUGGAGAUUUGUCUUUAAAGAUGGUUCUGAGUUCUGCACUGCACCACACCAUCCCUGUCAUGAAAUUCUGCCACUUGCUGUGUUCUGCCAAAGACUUUGCCCCGGAGUUAAGUCCUGUAUUCAAAGAAUUGGAGGAAAAUGGGCUGCUGGUGGACGGUAAGUGCAACUUCCAAAGUGAUGACAAGUGGAACGUCAGCAAUGACUGUCACAUGGAUGCUGUUGAAGAGAUUGGUGACAGGAAUGAGGAGGAUGAAGAAGCUAAGGAUGAUGAAAAUGAAGAGAUUGAUUCUGAAAAAGAGAGGGCAGAACUCGCACAAGAAAAGGGUUCAAAGAAAAACUUUAUCUGCAAGUCCUGUGAUAAGAUCUUCCUCUUCCGUUGUCGCCUGGAGGUUCAUAUGAAGCGCUGCAGAAUGGCCAAAAGGAAUCCUUUACAGUGCAAGGACUGCAAUGUGGUACAAGCCUCCAAGAAAGAUCUGGAACAGCACAGAGAAGAAGUGCAUGGCUACCUUAUUUCACGCAAUAACAAAGGCAAAAGGAGAAUGCUUGUUACUUGUGACAUUUGCGGCAAGGAGUUUGCUCAUCCAUCAGGCCUUCAGUACCAUAAGCGGACAGAGCAUUUUGAUGAGAAGCCAUUCUCCUGUGAAGAGUGCGGUGCCAAGUUUGCUGCAAAUUCCACCCUGAAAAACCACCAGCGUCUCCAUACAGGGGAACGUCCCUUUGUGUGCAAGCACUGUCAUAUGACAUUUACACAAGCUGCCGCCCUCUCCUACCACACCAAAAAGAAGCAUUCGGAAGGAAAGAUGUAUGUAUGCCAGUACUGUGACGCAGUCUUUGCGCAAUCCAUAGAGCUGACACGGCAUGUCAGGACCCACACAGGAGACAAGCCGUAUGUCUGUCGAGAGUGUGGUAAAGGAUUCAGCCAGGCCAAUGGGCUUUCCAUACAUCUGCGCACAUUCCACAACAUUGAAGAUCCAUAUGACUGUCAGAAGUGUGCAGAAUGAGUUUCCCAACUUUGGAGGAGAACAGACAACACAUUCAGGUUGUACAUUCCAAGGAAUAUCACCCGUGUCCGUCGUGUGAGAAGAUUUUCAGUGCCCCCUCUCUUCUAGAACGUCACAUUGUCACCCAUGUUGGGGGAAAGCCUUACAACUGUGAUAUCUGUGAUAAGGCAUAUCAGCAACUGUCCGGCUUAUGGUACCACAACCGCACACAUCAUCCAGACCUGUUUGCUGCUCAGAAUCAUCGUUCUUCCAAGUUUUCUGCUGCACAGUGUAGUUCCUGUGAACAGGUUUUCUCUAACACCUCGACACUCCAGAAACACACAAAAUUAGAGCAUCCCGAUGGGAAGGGAUAUGAAUGUGAAAAAUGUAAGCAGACCUUCCCCACAUCUGCAGCACUACAAGUUCACAUAAAAUGCAAACACUCAGGGUCCCAGCCGUUCCAGUGUCUUUACUGCAGUGAGUGUUUCCAGUUUCCUGGAGCCUUGCAGCACCAUGUAGCUGCCAACCACUUUAAUGAGACGGAGAACACAUUUGGUUGUGAACUGUGUGGGGAACUUUUUACUUCCCAGACUCUGCUGGAGAGACACUAUGAAAAUGAACACCCCAACAUUGUAAUAGAAGAAACCGACACAGAAAAUGCUCAGGUUGUACAGGUUAUACAGACCCAGGAUCAAGUCACUACUACAGAGCAAGUGAUCACCUUGGAUGAAUCACAACUGGCUGGCUCCCAAGUAAUUGUGGCAUUACCAGAUUCCCAAACCAACCAAACUACCGCUACAGAACUAGUAGCAGUAAGCAUGGAGGAUUUAUUCGAUGGAACAGUAACAUUAAUUUGUGGAGACCCAGUCCCUGGAGUAACUCAGAGAACUCAAAGCUAA